AUGGAGGCAGGCGAAGCCAAGUCCAAGAAAGCAGGAGGCCCUCGUCUCUGCUGCAUCUGUAAUCUGAGACGACCCGUCCUCAAAAGACCCAAAACCCUUCAACAGAUAUGUAGAGAGUGCUUUUAUGAGGUGUUUGAGGAGGAGAUUCACCAAGUCAUCGUCAAGAAUCAUUUAUUCAAGUCCGGUGAGCGUGUUGCUAUAGGUGCCUCCGGUGGAAAAGAUUCGACAGUGUUGGCGUAUGUGUUAUCAGAGCUAAACAAACGUCACAGUUACGGGCUCGAUCUUUUCCUCUUGUCCAUUGAUGAAGGCAUUACUGGUUAUCGUGAUGAUUCUCUUGAGACCGUUAAAAGAAACGAAGUCCAAUAUGGAUUGCCUCUUCAGAUUGUAUCAUACAAAGAUCUGUAUGGAUGGACAAUGGACGAUAUUGUGAAGAUGAUCGGACUCAAAAACAAUUGCACCUUCUGUGGUGUAUUUCGUCGUCAGGCGCUUGAUCGAGGAGCUGCGUUACUGAAAGUAGAUAAGAUAGUCACUGGACAUAACGCGGAUGAUAUAGCCGAAACAGUUCUCUUAAACAUUCUCCGAGGAGAUAUCGCAAGGUUGAGUCGGUGCACAUCGAUCACUACAGGGGAAGACGGUCCGAUUCCAAGAUACUACUUCUCCACCGAAUGCAUAUACUCUCCUAAUGCGUAUCGUGGAUUCGCUCGUGAGUUCAUCAAAGACUUGGAAAGACUAAGGCCAAAGGCUAUUCUUGAUAUUAUAAAGUCCGGUGAAGAUUUCAGAAUCGCGACAACGACCAAAAUGCCUGAGCAAGGAACGUGUGAGCGAUGCGGUUAUAUUUCAAGCCAGAAAUGGUGUAAAGCUUGUGUUUUGUUGGAAGGACUAAACCGUGGUUUGCCUAAGAUGGGGAUUGGAAGAUCACGAGCAGGAGACGUAAAUGGUGAUCUUCAUAACAAGAAUGAAUCAAAGUCUGGACCUACUGUUAAAUCUAUAGAGAGCCGCAAACAAUGUGGAUCUCUCGAUUUCUGA